GCCGGGCUGGCGAGCGCACGGCCAUGGCCCCGUGGCUGCAGCUCUGCUCCGUCUUCUUUACAGUCAACGCCUGCCUCAACGGCUCGCAGCUGGCCGUGGCCGCGGGCGGCUCCGGCCGCGCGCGGGGCGCCGACACCUGUGGCUGGAGGGGAGUGGGGUCGGCCAGCAGAAACAGCGGGCUGCACAACAUCACCUUCAGAUAUGACAACUGCACCACUUACUUGAACCCAGUGGGAAAGCACGUGAUUGCUGAUGCCCAGAACAUCACCAUCAGUCAGUAUGCAUGCCACGACCAAGUAGCAGUAACCAUUCUUUGGUCCCCAGGGGUCCUCGGCAUCGAAUUCCUAAAGGGAUUUCGGGUAAUACUGGAGGAGCUGAAGUCGGAGGGAAGACAGUGCCAACAACUGAUUCUAAAGGACCCAAAGCAGCUCAACAGUAGCUUCAAAAGAACUGGAAUGGAAUCUCAACCUUUCCUGAAUAUGAAAUUUGAGACGGAUUACUUUGUUAAGAUUGUCCCUUUUCCUUCCAUUAAAAAUGAAAGCAAUUACCACCCCUUUUUCUUCAGAACCCGCACCUGUGACCUGCUGUUACAGCCAGACAACCUGGCCUGUAAACCCUUCUGGAAACCUCGCAACCUGAACAUCACCCAGCACGGUCCAGAUAUGCAGGUGUCCUUCGACCACGCACCACACAACUUUGGCUUCCGUUUCUUCUAUGUUCAUUACAAACUCAAGCAUGAAGGACCCUUCAAACGGAAGGCCUGUAAACAGGAACAAAAUACAGAGACAACCAGCUGCCUCCUUCAAAAUGUUUCUCCGGGGGAUUAUAUAAUUGAGCUAGUGGAUGAUUCUAAUACAACAAGAAAAGUGAUGCAUUAUGCCUUAAAGCCAGUACAUUCCCCAUGGGCUGGGCCCAUCAGAGCUGUCGCCAUCACGGUGCCACUGGUCGUCAUAUCCGCAUUCGCAACGCUCUUCACUGUGAUGUGCCGCAAGAAGCAACAAGAAAAUAUAUAUUCACAUUUAGAUGAAGAGAGCUCCGAGUCUUCCAUGUACACCGCGGCGCUCCCCAGAGAGCGACUGCGGCCGCGGCCCAAGGUCUUCCUCUGCUACUCCAGUAAAGAUGGCCAGAACCACAUGAAUGUCAUUCAGUGUUUCGCCUACUUCCUCCAGGACUUCUGUGGCUGUGAGGUGACUCUAGACCUAUGGGAAGACUUUGGUCUCUGCAGAGAAGGGCAGAGGGAAUGGGUCAUCCAGAAGAUCCAUGAGUCCCAAUUCAUCAUUGUGGUGUGUUCCAAAGGCAUGAAGUACUUUGUGGACAAGAAGAACUCCAAGCACAAAGGUGGCAGCCAAGGCUCUGGGAAAGGGGAGCUCUUUCUGGUGGCCGUGGCUGCCAUCGCCGAAAAGCUGCGUCAAGCCAAGCAGAGCUCGUCAGCGACACUCAGCAAGUUCAUCGCUGUCUACUUUGAUUAUUCCUGUGAGGGAGACAUCCCCGGCAUCCUGGACCUGAGCACCAAGUACAAGCUCAUGGACAACCUUCCCCAGCUCUGUUCCCACCUACACUCCAGAGACCCCGGCCUCCCGGAGCAGGGACAGUACCCUGGCCAUGUCAGCAGGAGGAACUACUUCCGGAGCAAAUCAGGCCGGUCCCUUUACGUCGCCAUUUGUAACAUGCACCAGUUUAUCGACGAGGAACCUGACUGGUUUGAGAAACAGUUUGUUCCCUUUCAUCCUACCCCGCCUCGCUACCGGGAGCCAGUCCUGGAGAAGUUUGACUCAGGCUUGGUUUUAAACGAUGUCAUGUGCAAACCAGGAACUGAGAGUGAUUUCUGCCUAAAGACCGAGGUGGCUGUCCCUAGGGCCUCGGCCGACGUGUACUCAGAGGGUGGGCAGUUAGGUCUGGACGAAGACACGGAAGCCCGACCCAGCCCAGAAGGCAGCUCUGUCCUGCAGCCUCUGCUGCACACGGUGAAAGCCGUCAGUGCCUCAGACAUGCCGCGGGACUCGGGCAUCUACGACUCCUCUGUGCCUUCUUCUGAGCUGUCCCUACCCCUGAUGGAAGGACUCUUUACAGACCAAACAGAGACGUCUUCCCUGACUGAAAGCGUGUCAUCCUCUUCAGGCCUGGGUGAGGAGGACCCUCCUGCCCUUCCUUCCAAGCUCCUCGUCUCUGGGGCUUGCAAAGCAGAACCUGGUUGCCUCAGCUACACUGAUGAACUCCACACAGUCGCCCCUUUGUAACAAAACAGAAGCAACUAAGCAUUGCCACUUUAGCUACUGCCUCUCUCUGGUUCUCAGCUCAUCUCUCUGGUGUGUGACCCACUUGGAGCUGAGGUCUCCUACAAGGAUAUUCAGAGUGAAAUUUGGGCCAGUACUUGCUCCCCUUGCGCCCACCCUCUGCCAGGUAUCUUGGCAAAGCCUUCAAUCUUCUUAAACCAGAUGGAGUUCGGAAAGACUUGUCCAUAAGGUCUGAUAACAUCUUGCCAUGUUAGGUCAGUCCUUGGAUUAGAGCCAAUUCUAGGAGAUGGGGCAGAAUUGUGUAACAUGAAGCAGAAAAAUACCUACACUGAUCAUUCAGAAUUUAAUUUAUCUCUACUAACUUUGCCUGAUUGCUGGUGGCUACUUUGAUUUCAAAUGCUUUGAAGAAAAAGCACUUUCAAUGCCAAAACAGCCACAGAAAUCAAGUGCCAGUCUGUCUGUAAUCCGUAUCAUUACAGGUGAUGGUUCUGUCCAUUUGGGGCAUAAGACUUACGAUGCCAUGGUUAAAAAAGCUGUGAGUCAAAGAUCAAGAGGGUGACUGAAGAUGUAAUUGCCUUUUGUAAAACUAGUCUCUCUGUCAUAGUAGGUGGCAGAGCUGGCUGAGGUGGGGGCCUCAGAGCCAGCUGACCAUCGUGACCAUUCUUGCUGAGAUGGGUUGGCCAGUGUGUAGAAGCACCAGAGCUCUGCAGCCAAGGCCUCCUCUUGAUUUGAGUAGGUAUCAUGGGGGUGUAGGAGGAGCUGAUCUGCCUGCCAGGUUCCCCUAGGUUACGUUUACUGCACUGUACCCUCAGAUGUUGGUGCCCGGAAGUUCAUUAAGAGACAGAUGCCCAAUUGGGCCGUAUUACUGGAAGUUGCAGUUCAUACUUCAGUUGGUCACUGGUCUAAAGCUGUAUCCAAAAUAUUGGGGAUCAGAAUCCACUGAAAUAUGGCAGUGUGUGGAGGUGAUAGCCAGUUAACCUGCUGAACUGGUUCGACUGAUGGUGGACCUCAUUUUAAGAAGUUGAAAAGAAGGGGCAAGGAUGAAUGUGCUCUUUGAAUAUUAUUUAAAGAAGACAUGGACCUGAAAUCAGUAUAUUCUUAAAUCUCAAAGCACUCUACCCGCACCCCAGUCUGUGAAUCGUGUUUCACUUUGUGUUUCUAUAUUCCUUACCCAAUGAAAGAGUUGUCUCUGGUGCUCCAUCCUACCGACAUAGGCAUUUAGACUUUAACAGGAGAGAAUUUGCUUUAAAAUGGAGGAAAUAAUGUCUUGUUUUUACCAGUGACUUCUCUACAGAAUUUGUUUCCAAUAGGAAAACCACUCAGAUCACAUCUGUCAGUUGGUAUGUGUGUAAAGCUGUCUGACCUUGUUCAGGGGAAUUGUCCCCCACCUGGGCCCUGGGGGUAUAAGCAUCUUCCUCCACCUGUCUUGUGGGUGCUGUUGGAUUUUGGCACUCUCUUUUUCCAGCACUCACACUGGGGACUGUGGUUUUCAUAACCAAAAAUAGGACCAGCAUGACAGGAAACCCUGAGAAACAUCCCGAGAAAAGGGUGGGAUGGGGCAGCAUUUUUCCUUCUAAGCACAUGCUGGGGCAAUGGGGAAGGGGCAUUUUGCAUCCUAGUUGGAAGGAAGAGGUUCGUAUGUAUUUUUGAUGGAGAUGCCACACUCCGUGUUCAUAGAGGCAGCUGGUAGCUUCUUGAGAAAAGAACGUGCUCGUCUGUUCUCUGGCAUCAAGUUUCCUGCAGCUGCCAUGGGGGGUUGGGGGACACAUGAGCUGCAGAAUGGUCUCCCCCAGAAACCCAGGCGACUUGUCGAAGAGACGUUCCAUGUUGUCGCCAUGGACUCCAGAACGAGCACAGAACUGCCCACACGCGACCUGCUGCUGCUCCGUCCUUGGUAUGUGUGCUGUGAAGGAGAGUGGUCAGUGCAGACUUGCUGACAUACGGAAAGUCACUUUGGAACAUCAUCAGAGAUUUCUUCUUGAGGCCAAGAAAUGGUCCUUGUCUCAAAGAAACCAGUAGCAGCUAUUUUUAGGAUGGCUAUUUAGCUUUUCAUGUAAAAUAAGGCAUCUGACAAAGUAGCUCCAGGACGGCAUGGAGGAGGGGGGGCAGUGGGAGCACCCACCAGCUCUGUGAGCUUGCGCGAAGGCUUGCUGAAUGAACUCACUGGUUAUGAACAUGGAAGGGAACAAAUGUCCUGGUUCAAAGAUCAGGUGAUGUUUUAGUCUGGAGUUAGGGUUUGGAUACUUAUAUUGAAAUACGGAUGUUUCUGAUGUUCAACAAAAUCAAACUCUUCAACAUACCAAGUAAUAAAGCCACAGUGUGAGUGUCUAACUCAGAAUAAGUUGAGAAAUCCAACUUCCUGCUUUUGCCUUCCUAGUUUUGCCUGUUUGUUUUACUUCCCAUCUCAUCAUGGGAAAUGGGAAUGGGUGUAUUGCAGACUAAGGCCAAACAUCUGGCAGAGCUACAUAUUUUGACUCACACAGUUUCCUGGACAGUGGAAAUGAUAAGAAGGAAUUCAGAUAAAGGACCUGCCAAGUCCCAGGCUUUUAGACAUUAGAGAAAGAAGAAUAUAGGGAUAAACACAAUGAAAGGCCUUGAUUCCAUGAGUAGACCAGAUGAUUUGUGGCUAAGUUAGAUGAUGUCCUCUGGACAGGGGGCCAAGGGAGGGCCUGGAUAGUUGAAAGUGGAGAGCUACUUGUUCAUCUUAACUCACCAGUGCCCUGCAGGAGGGAUUUAGCAGCUGACAUUCUGCCAGGAGACUGAUGAGAGAAGUGAAAGCCCACGUGAAGGGGUGAUUUCCACUCAGAGAAUAACUGGAAGCAAUAGACCUAGCCCAACCACACCGGGCAGAUGAGAUUCCAGAAGGUUGAUUCCUGGCUUGACGCACACUGAUCUCUAGAAAGAAAUCAGAAGUCAUUCAGGCUCGGGUGACAGGUGGGUGACAUAAGCAGGUAACAAUAUUUGGAACCAAAAAUGAGAUGGGGCCAUGAAGUCAUGAGGCAGGGUUUUUGGCUGACUUGUUAGCAAUAACUGAGGACAGUCCCUGAUCAGAUGUUUAGAAAAAUGUCUUUCACAUUGAUGACAUCUUUGGAAUUAAUAUAUAGUGAGCGAUGGAUGUUUUGCAAAGAUCAGUCUUGCUACUUCACAGUUGCAAAUGUGUGUUCUUUUUUAAAUCAACACCUAACCUCAGCCUCCCUGACUUAAGUGCCAAUAAAUAGGACCAUCCCUCCAGAAAUGUGGGAUUGUGUAAUUUUCAGAACUUUUCCUUUUUUCAGAGUUGAGCUUUUCCUUUAAAAGGAGCAAAGGCAGAGGGGAAGGGAAAUGAUUUUAUUCCUGGAGAAGAAACGACACAUCCUCGUUCCAAAAGAAAGACAGCCCGACAGUCCUCAACCACUUAAUUUGGCUCUCUUAAGGAGACUGGAAUUACUCUCUCUGUCUUUAUUGGAGAGAGGUGGAAAAUUCCAAUGUGAAGGUUGUUAACCUAUUUCAGUUGGUAUGUAUGUAAAGACUGUUGCUCUUGUUUGGUAGAUGUUAUGCCUAUAGGGGGCACCAAUGUCACAGACCAGGUGUAAGUAAAACAGCUGUAUGAUGGAUGAUACAUGGCAAUGAUUUGUCUUCUCAGUGUCCGAGAGACUAUAGGGAAUAGUGGGGACUGUAGCAAAUUGAAGCUCUCCUGCUCCAGCCAGUUGUGGCCAUGCAUUGAUAUGUUUUUCAAGAGAAACUAAGAAUCUUGAUUCUUAUGAAAAAUUCUGAUUUUUAAAAUAUCGGCAACUAAAUGAAAAAUUUUUUAAGUGAAUGCAGGCCCUAUGGAACCUUGGGUGGACCUGAUUUGACCCAUGAGCUGCCUAUUUACCACCUCUCCUUUAUAAGAUUUGAAAUGAAAGUCAUCCAUAGUAAUUAUAGACAGUUUGAUGCCACCAGAAAUUGCUCUUACUAAAUGCAGCCAGUAGCUGGAGUGUGUCUUUCUGCCUGCUCCCCCAAGGAAAUCAAUAUGAUUGUCAAUAUAUUUUAACUGUUUUGAUUAUUUCUUUACAUUUUGGGGUGUCAACAGAAAGGCAAGCCAAUUAUUCAUUUCAAACUCAAUUUGUUUCCCAAUGAAAAAAUAUGACACUUGGAAUGAUUUCUCUUAAGUUCCAGAAUCUAGAAGACCUUAUUUAUAGUUUUAGCUUUUGGCUCAAUAAUUUUUUAGAUGAUGUGUAAUUCUGAGCAUAGCCCAAGUCAUAAGGAAAGUAGGCAUUGUGAGGUGUAGGGCAAGGAAUGUCUCAAGUGCUUGCCCCAGCCAGGUAGUUACAAUGUUUUGCAUUUCCAAUGAUCUGUGAAUUGACUGUUUCAGAGGUAUGAAACCAUUUCUGGAGGGAAGUUUUUCCUGAUAGUGAGAUAUCAGUUAGGACUCCCUAUGGGGUGUUGGGUCAGCCUGGCUAUAUUAUCUCCUCUUCAGGCUCAGGGUAAAAAUAAACAAAAGGAAGUAUGACUGUAAGCCAAUAGCUUUGAUUGUGAUUUCAGAGUUUGGGGCCUUGGAGAAAGUUUGGAUUAUCUAGCAUAUUCUGCUCUGGCAUCAGACCGGGCUGUCUCUGAAUUAUUGUAGACAUAUGGCUGUGGAUGGGAUUCUGGAUUUUCAGCAAAGGAGAUUCUAUAACCUACACUGCUGAUCAGAUAGUUCUUUGUGAGUCUUCCUUACAGAAAUUCAAACCAGCCUUUUGUUUGGCAUGUAGUGGAGAAAGAACAGCUGGUCACCUUCCCUGCAAUGAAGUCAUCCCCCUGGUGUUUUUAUUUCACUGAUAAUCCCACCUACUUAAACCAUUCUUCAUAGCUCUUGUUUUCCAAGGGCCUAAUAAUUUUCACUGCUAUUUUGUUUCUCAGCUUCACGCUUAGUUUAGUUGCCCAAACAGAAUGUGGUGCUUUAUUCACAUCAGUGCCUUGUCAAGACCAAGCUCAGGAUGGGGAUUACAGGGAAUUGCUUGUGUCUGGCUUCUUGUACUUACACAUUUAAUAGCACUUUUUUAAAAAAUGGUGUAACACCUAUUUUUCACUUGGAGGAUUAUUGGACUGCUACAUUCAGAUUUUUCCUUGGUCACAUGCUGUUUCCCCUUCUUGGGUCAAAUACUAGGUGCUUGUUCCUGUGUCAUUCCUGAGCUGCUUCAAGACCAGCUCUUGUGUUCUAGGUGGCUCCCUCCCAAUUUUGAAUUCUAUUUUUACUUAUUUCUAGACAUUGCUAUAAAUUCAUAAUGUACAAUAUUAAGUGGUGCAGACUUCAGUUUCAUUGCUGGCCAGAUAGACAAGGGGUAAUUUGCAAAGAGGUUCAGUGGAGGACCUCUUGGGAAUUAUAGUUAGGUGUCUUCCUUCCUGCUCUUUGGCUUCAUCCCCAAAUUUAGCUAGGACCCACACAUUCCUCAAGGAACUUUACCUUAUUCUAAAGGACUGGAGCCAUGGCUCUGAAUUGACCAAGCACUGUGUUUUGUGGUCAAAAGUUUGACAAAAGCAAACCAUUGUGAUCCAUAUCUGAUGUUUAUAACUAUUGAAUAAGAUUUCAGUUGCAAAGUUUCAGGUAAACUGUACAUGAUAUAGGCAAGGUUGGCUGCUCCGUUUGUUAGACAAAAAAAUAGACCUUUGGGUUACACUGAUGUGUAAUUGUCUGUUUUAAAGAAAAAAAUGUGAUGAAUCUGGACAGAGCAAAAACUUUUGUAAAAACCAAAUGAGUUCAUUUAGAGAGUAGGUGUAACUUCUACUUUCACUGUUAGAUUUUUUUCUUCCCUGCAGAAGCCCCCAUUACUGAAUUCUAGGAGGGGGAGCCUGUGGAAUUUGUGGUUAUUGCCAUUGUGCUUGUUUCAUCUUUAAGUUUGUCCUUCGUGGGGUUUGGUGGAAUAGUGAGCACUGACAGACUGUAGCAGUGUGCUAGCUUUUUUUAAUUGAAAAUGUUAAUGUCAUAUUUGAUGUGUACAUAAUUCUGUAAAUAGGUGACAGUAGAUCACAGCUGACAUUUGCAAAAUGUUUUUGUACCUUAGAGUUUCUGCAUCAAAUAAAAUGUUUUGUUCUAAGAGCGUAGUGGCUCAUUAUUCUACCUCAUGUGUCCCGAAUAGCUGGGGUUCCCACUGCAGUUUUCUGCAGGCUCCGCCUCAGAGACGGAGAAAUUAUCAAGGACUGGGAAGUGAAUGUGGCCAGAAGCACUUGCAUUCUGAGAAGAGGGCCUGCUGCCGGUCUCCAUUUGCCUCACCCUUUGCAUGGUGUCUACAGCGGGGACAGAGGUUACCUCCAUCAAGAAGAAAUUUGGACCUUCUUUGCAGAAAUUUGAAAAGAACCAAUGAUGUUAGAGAGCCACAAGCAAAUUUCCUGUCGUUCAAACAGGUGCCUGUUCUUCUGCUAACAUCUUGCUGCUCAUCAACUUCGGGGUGAGUUGUGACCCUGCAAUGGCACCUUUGGGCCUGGGUUUCUUAUCUCUGGAAUGGACCCAUCAGAGAGCCUACUUCACUGCAUGGUGAAUUGGAAUAGGGUGAUGAAUAUAAGUGCUCACUGGCAUGUUGAUAGUGAGCAGACAAUGGCAGGAAUGCAGGAGAAAACAAGAAUGAGGGGUGAGAAAUAGCAGGGACACAGAAGCCACAGGAUUCUGGCCAUUUCACAAAAAAAGGCUAUGUGA